AUGAGACAAACUCGUCAAACAGCUUCCGGCUCCAAGACUCAACCUUCUAAGCAGCCAGAAGUCAAUAACGGGAAACAGAAAUCGAAAAAACGAGCAAUAGACGACGCACCCACUGAACCUACCUCCCGUCAAAACAAGCAACGAAAGAAAACUCUGGCUAGUUCGAUCAAUGACUCGACCGGACCUACUUCAACUGAAGAGCCACAAGUCUCUGAUUCUCGCCUCUUACCACCCCGCUUACCAUCUCCACCAAAUCCUAAUUCAAUCCAAAAAGAGGUGGACAACGAGUUAGAGAACAUUGAAAAAGAUAUAGAAGAGUUCGAAAACACGUUGACGGUUGAGAACUACUUACAGUACGGGAAAGCUUGGCCGAUGAAACGUGUUCAGCGCGUGGUCGAUGCAAGGAAGAAGUUUCAAUCUCAGAUACUUGAGGCGAUUCUUACUGAGGCAAGAUACAAUAGACUGGUCUACCGUAAGAAAAAGAUGACUUUGGCCGCCAUUGCCAAAGUGAAACUUACUACUUUAGAGCGAGCGCUUGGGGAGUCUUCUCCUCCCCGGGGUCGGGAUGCUUACCGUCAAUUCAUGGCGUAUGGGAAGGAUUCCUUGAAGUUGAAAAUGCCAAACAAAGGCGGCGAAGUCAUGGUAUUGAGUGAGCGGAACAGAAAGGCCGGCAGAAUCUGGACCACCCAGUACACGGCCGAUCAACGCAGAGUUUUUGAUGAAAAGCGUUUCUUUGCUUUGGCCGGCAUUCCUAACCUCGAUCGUCAGAUCAACAUUGACCCAGAUGAAGAUGAAGAUCAAAAUGAACAAGGAUCCGCACCGAAAGUGGAAACUCUCUCUCCAGAAGACGAAGAGCGAUAUCGUCCAAUUUAUAACGAGCUUGUUGCACAUGACAAAGUCUUGCAAACAGAAGGCCUCACUGAAACUGAAGUCGACGUCAACAAAUCCUCUUUGAAGCGUGUCCGCCAGCUUGGCAAGCUGCUCGCACGUGAAGGCGAACGAUUAAGUUUCAAAUAUAUCUUCCUUGCGUCAAGUGCACUUCCUCCAAACAAGAAGACUGGGGCCGGUUGGUCUAGAAAGUUUACGUCUGUACCAGCUAUCACCCAAUGGGCCGAUCGUGAGAUAGGUUUAUUGCCUGUCUUUGCCACUGUGGCGCAGGGAGAAUCAAUGAUCAAUGCAAUCUCACACAUUCAUGACAAGAAGACGAAGAAAACCAGGCCAGCUUUGAGUGAACCACAGCCUAGCAAUGUAUUGAAGACUACACUGGCCAAUAUCCUUUUCAUAUGA